CCCAUGGAUAGCUAUGAAGAAAACCUACUCCACCACCACCACUAAGAAGCUAAGCUAAGUAAGCUCUCUUCAUAGCUAGCCAUGGCCGCCACCAAACUUUCAGCCGCCGUCUUAAUCCUGUCCUUCUUCCUUUCUGCCGCCUUCACUACCGCAUGCGGCACUUGUGAACCUGAGCUGCCGGCGCCGGAGCCGAAGCCAAAGCCGCCACCAAAGGUAGCUCCGGUGAACCCCUUUUGCCCCAGAGACACACUGAAGCUAGGUGUAUGUGCUGACCUGUUGGGGCUGGUGAAUGUGGUGAUUGGGGCCCCACCUUCAGGGGAGAAGUGCUGUGCGGUGCUUGAAGGACUGGCUGACUUGGAGGUGGCUGCUUGCCUCUGCACAGCUAUUAAGGCUAAUGUGCUAGGCAUUAACUUGAACAUACCGAUUUCACUCAGCGCUCUUGUUGGUGCUUGCGGCAAGAAAAUUCCACCUGGAUUCAAGUGUGUAUGAAAAAAGAAAAUGGAGUAGAAUGCAAUGUACAACAAGAAGGUUCAGCAUGAGUCACAUUGUCUUGUGUUGUGUUUUUCUUGGUUCAACAAUUGUUGUUGUACUUAUUGGGAGUGUGUUUAGUGUUUGGUUUUUAUGUUUUGCUCUUUGAUUUCCUCCUCUGUAAGGUUAUUUGUUUUGUUUGUUUUGAUGGCAAUAAACAAGGCAAGAAUGUUUGCCUUUUGUAUUGUGUAAUUGUUUGUUCAUGUUAUGUUCAAUUAUUUUUUGUAGACUA